UCCAGGCGCUCUUCGGCCACAGUCUUGGCGGGACUUCGGCGCGGUGCAAACAGAAUCGCGGAAGGCUAGGCGUGACGGGACUGCGGGACCCUCCGGCCAGCCAUCGGCGUGCUCCGAGCUUGGAACGGCGACGCGGCGACGCGAGUGCAGUGCUUCGGGAUUGGAGUUACCACGGCGAGCGGCGGUCCCAAGCCGUCUUCUUUCAUUGGCCCCGAUAAGGUGAUCUCCGUCAUGCCGCCUUUCGAGGGUUUCGACUGCACGACGGGCACCACCAAGGCUGGCCAGACCGCCGAGCCCGAGCUCAACAACAACGUCCUGCUCCUGGACAACACACCGGCGCGCAAGGAAGUGGCUGCCGAGGACGACGAUGAGGAGUUGGUGGUGGACGACAAGGGCCAGCGCCUCGUGGACACGCCCAUCCCCGCGGCCAAGGAGAUCGAGAAGGAGGCACACAAGCGCGAGCUGAGGGGACGCCAACUCGUGUGGCACAACAUCAUCCUCAUCACCGUCUUCCACGCCCUGGCGUUCUGGGCCACCUUCACCUACAUCUUCGACCUCUCGUGGAAGUCGUGGAUUUACAGCAUCUCUCUCGGAGCCCUCGGGGGUCUCGGAGUGACGGCGGGCUGCCACCGCCUCUGGUCGCACCGCUCGUACAAGGCCGCCGCGCCCCUCCGGGUGUUCCUGGCCCUGUGCUACUCCAUCGCCGGCCAGAACACGAUCCUGGAGUGGGUGCGCGACCACCGCGUGCACCACAAGUUCACCGAGACGGACGCCGACCCGCACAACGUGAAGAGGGGCUUCUUCUUCGCGCACGUCGGCUGGCUGAUGCAACGCAAGCACCCCGACGUGCUGCGGCAGGGCCAGAAGGUGGACCUCAGCGACGUGCAGGCCGACCCCGUCGUCCAGUGGCACCAGCGCCACUUCCUGCUCCUCAAGAUCCUGCUCUGCUUCGUGCUGCCGCCGCUCAUCCCGGUGUACGCGUGGAACGAGCCGUGGCACCUGGCCAUCUACUCGUGCGCCGUCGUCCGCUACGUGCUGCUGCUCAACUUCACCUGGCUGGUCAACAGCGCGGCGCACAUGUUCGGCAACAAACCGUUCGACAAGCGCAUCAACCCCACCGAGAACGUGCUGGUGUCCGCCGUGGCCAUGGGUGAGGGCUGGCACAACUACCACCACGUAUUCCCCUGGGACUACAAGACGUCCGAGUACAGCUACUUCUUCAACGCGACCACCGUCUGGAUCGACAUCUUCUCCAAGCUGGGCCUGGCCUUCGACUGCAAGACGGCCACGCCCGACAUGGUGCGCCGCGUGGCGCUGCGCCACGGCGACAACUCUCACCCCGACCACAAGCGCGUCGAGAGCGAUCACCACCACCCCGAGGAGGUGACGUACGACGAGUACCUGCGCGUCAUCAAGGAGGACGACGUGUACACGGGCGUCAAGGACCUGCACAACGAGGAGGACGUGACGCGCUCGGAGAAGGGCAGAGCGUGAGGACCGCGGCGCGUCCACGUCCAGGAUGACGUCCAGGAUGGCGUCCAGGACGGCGUCGCGGACGCGCGCGCUCAGUGAGGACUGACUGAUCCUGGCCCAGUCGUGGCGCCCCGUGCCGCCCGGCCUGCGCGUAGCGCCCUGUGCGGCUGUGCGUGCGGAUUUGCGACGAUUUGCCCAGAGCCGCUUGCAAAUACGCCGCCGGACGCGGGCAAAGCGGCGCAGCGCGGUGGCCGGGCGAGGUGCAUGACGACGCGAAGGCGCGUGGCAGACAGUGGCGUGCGCGAGGCGGAAGGGUUGCCUGCUUGGCGGGCGGCGGCCUUGCCGUGGCCGUGCCGCGCGCCGCGACACACCGGCAGGCCACCCAACCUACUCGAGGCGAGCAGACGCCGACUUGUGGGUUGUGGUUUGGCGGGCAUCGAAUGCAGCAGCCUGCCCCACGGCGACCUUAAAGGCUUCGCCGGUUGCUCGGCGCUGCUGGCGGGGGGGCGUCAAGCGGAGCCAAGCGGAGCCGGAAUGUAAUUUUCGAAUGUUCGAGUUUGUGAUACUUCGGGGCGCACUGUUAGACUGCCACAGGCCGGCAUGCAGUCGGCAUGCAGCCGGCAGGCCGCUGGCACGGUGCGCUUUAGCAGUGCGCUCGCGUGGCGUACAGGGGAACCGCUUUCUCUUGUAGCUCAUAGUAGUGUGUAGACAUAAUAUUAUAAUAUAAAUCUUGUUUUUGUGAACUUGUACUGAGUGGAUUUUCUUUUGUAAUAAAUAAAAUAUCACAGAUGUAGAAAGUGUUGUGAGGCGUUUUGCAGACAGGGAAAAAUAGGCACCGAAAGCGAUACAGUCGCCUUCAUUUCACUCAAGUGCUCAUGGCCGCACACCCCUGGUAACGAAAAAUAAACCGUCGAGCAAGAGACCCUUCGAUUCAUA